UAGUCGCUAAUUGGGAUCCACUCGGGACAGAACCUCAGACAGCCCCGCGACGAGGCAACCGUUCCGCGCACUUCCUAAUCCACCUCGAUGGCCUGCUGAAGGAAUCUGCGCCUCGAGCUGAGCUGUGAUACAAACCCAUUCAAACAGAAAUCGCCUCCGAUCCGAAAAUAGUCGCCCUCAAUUGCUCGCGCUUAGUGCGUCUUUAGAGAAAUGCAUUCCCUGGUUUUGCUUGGACUUUUGUGCGGAGGCCUGGUGGCUCUCAGCUGGGCAGCCGUCACGACCCAGCCGCCCCCACUGAUUCGGACUCUCAGCGCUGGCGGGGACAUAGGACCCCAGUUUGAGGUGGAAAAAGCCAAGGAACCCGAAGACGCGGAAUUCUGGUACAAAGUGGCUCUGGGCCAGCUGGAGAAGACCAUCAAGCAGGCGCAGCGGGUGAAGGAGGACUCCUACCGGAAGAAGGCCCGAAACAUCAUCAUCUUCAUUGGGGAUGGCAUGGGAAUAUCCACAAUUAGUGCCGGCCGCAUCUACAAGGGACAGUAUCUGAAGCACGGCCACGGCGAGGAGGAAACUCUGGUCUUCGACGACUUCCCAAACACUGGAAUGGCCAAGACCUACAACGUGGACAAACAGGUUCCGGACUCAGCGGGCACGGCCACGGCAAUCUUUUCCGGCGCGAAGACCCACUACGGAGCCAUCGGAACAGAUGCCACUCGCUCGAAGAAGAACGCCCAGCAAGGCAGGAUCCAGAACGUAAUGGAGUGGGCCCAGAAGGCGGGCAAGCGCACGGGAAUCGUCACCACCACCAGGAUCACCCACGCCACGCCUGCGGCCACCUACGCCCAUAUUUACGACAGGGAUUGGGAGUGCGACACGGAAGUUCCCGAGGAGUCGAAGGGCAUUCAUGUGGAUAUCGCCCGCCAGUUGGUGGAGAAUGCUCCGGGAAAUCGUUUCAAUGUCAUCCUGGGAGGAGGAAUGUCCCCUAUGGGCAUCCUGAACGCCUCGGAGGUGAAGACCACGAUUUUCGAAGGACCUACGGAAAACAUUUGCACGCGUGCCGACAAUAGGAAUCUACCUGCCGAGUGGCUAGCCCAUCAUGCCAAUGAUACAGUGCCCCCAGCUUUGGUCCACAACCGCCAGGACCUGCUCAAAGUGGAUGUUAAGAAGGUGGAACAUUUGAUGGGUCUGUUCCGGAACAAUCACAUUACUUACUCCGUGGCUAGAGAGGCGGGCGAACCUUCGCUGCAGGAAAUGACCGAGACCGCCCUGGGAAUCUUGGAAAGGGGCGAUGAGUCCAACGGAUACGUGCUCCUCGUGGAAGGAGGCCGCAUUGAUCAGGGUCACCACAUGAACUACGCCCGCGCGGCUCUCCACGAACUGUAUGAAUUCGAUUUGGCCAUCCAAGCAGCUGUGAAUAACACGGAUCCCGAUGAAACUCUGAUCCUGGUGACGGCUGACCACUCCCACGCGGUUACCUUCAAUGGCUAUGCCCUCCGAGGAGCCGACAUCCUGGGGGCAGCCAACUCGCACGAGAAAAACGACCCCAUGGUCUUUGAGACCAUCUCGUAUGCCAAUGGUCCUGGCUACUGGGAUCACUUGGCCAAUGAUUCGAGACCUCAAAACAGCUCCAAUAUGUGGAUGCCCUUGAAGCAGUUCACGGAGGAGGAGCGGUCCUCCCCCACUUAUCGCCAUUUGGCCACUGUUCCCAGAAAGGAUGAGACCCACGGCGGUGAGGAUGUGGCUGUCUUUGCCUACGGACCCGGUUCCAGUUUGAUUCGCGGGGUCUUCGAGCAGAACUAUUUGGCCUAUGUGAUGAGCUAUGCGGGCUGCCUUGGUCCCGCCAAGGAUUUCGAUGAUUCCUGCAAGGAUCACAAGGAUGAUGAAAAACCCAAGCUUAGCAAAAGUAGUGCCACCGUAUUGGGAGUAUCCUCGAUUACCAUUGUGGCUACGGUCACAGCGGCCUUUCUACGCGGUCACAUGCUGUAAUUAAAGUUGUUUUGAUUAUAUUAAUUGUAAUUAAAGAUUAUAGUCUUACGGAUUGUUGAGUUGAAUGAGAGAAAGAGCGAGAGGAAGGAGUGAUCGUUGAUUUUUACCAAAUAGAUACACUUAAAAAGUA